UUAGAGAUACCAAAUCAACAAAAAUACACAGAAAGAAAAAAAAUACAAAAUUUGAAAAUUUCUUGAAUUGAAUAUUGUUGUAUUUUUCUUUGGAUUUGAUAUCGAUUUAAAUCUCUGAGGUUUACAUCAAAAAGAGGGUAAUGGUGGUGGCAAUGGAUCUGAGUCUAAGUUUACGCAUCAUAGCGGCCGUUUUAACGAUGGUGAUCCAGUUUGCUUCCGGCAGUUUCGUGUUCAAUGUGACGCAUAAGUUCGCAGGAAAAGAUAAACAGUUAUCGGAGCUCAAAUCUCACGACACCUUCCGUCACGCUCGGAUGCUCGCCAACGUCGAUCUCCCUCUCGGCGGUGAUAGCCGAGCUGACUCGAUCGGUUUAUACUUCACGAAGAUCCAGCUAGGAUCACCACCAAAGUACUAUCAUGUUCAAGUUGAUACGGGAAGUGAUAUACUUUGGGUCAACUGUGCUCCUUGUUCCAAAUGUCCUGUCAAAACUGAUCUCGGUAUACCUCUGUCGUUGUACGACUCAAAAGCUUCCUCCACUUCCAAGAAAGUUUGGUGCGACGACGAUUUCUGCUCCUUGAUUUCGCAAUCAGACACUUGCGAACCCGAGAAGAAGCCCUGUAGUUACCAUGUCGUCUAUGGAGAUGGAAGCACCAGUGACGGUGAUUUCGUCAAGGAUAACAUUACCCUCGAUCAAGUCACUGGUAACCUUAGAACCGCACCUCUUGCUCAAGAAGUUGUCUUCGGGUGUGGAAGCAACCAAUCAGGGCAACUUGGGCAGACUGACUCAGCCGUUGAUGGCAUUAUGGGAUUUGGACAAGCAAACACCUCUAUCAUUUCACAACUCGCUGCGGCGGGAAGUGUGAAGAGGGUUUUUGCACAUUGCCUAGACAAUGUUAAUGGAGGUGGGAUCUUUGCUGUUGGGGAAGUUGAGUCUCCAGUUGUGAAAACAACUCCUUUGGUUCCUAAUCAGGUACAUUACAACGUCAUUUUAAAGGCAAUAGAUGUAGAUGGCGAUCCUGUUGAUCUCCCACCAAGCAUUGCUAGUUUUGGCGGAAAUGGAGGAACCAUUAUUGACAGUGGUACAACUUUAGCUUACUUACCUCAGAAUCUCUACAACUCCCUACUUAAAAAGAUUACUACUAGACAACCGGUGAAACUGCACAUGGUACAGGAGACUUUUGCGUGCUUCAGUUUCACUUCAAACACAGAUAAAGCAUUCCCGGUAGUCAAUCUUCAUUUCGAGGACUCACUCAAACUGACUGUUCACCCGCAAGAUUAUCUUUUCUCACUUCGUGAAGACAUGUACUGCUUUGGUUGGCAAUCUGGUGGAAUGACGACGCAGGACGGAUCCGAUGUAAUCCUUUUGGGCGAUUUGGUGCUUUCGAACAAGUUAGUAGUAUACGAUCUGGAUAAUGAGGUCAUUGGAUGGGUAGACCACAACUGCUCUUCAAGCAUCAAAGUGAAAGAUGGAUCAGGAGCUGCUUACUCACUUAAAGCAGAUAAUCUCGUACAAUCUGCUUCUUCGGUGAUUAACGGAACACUUGUAACGUUAUUAUCGAUACUAAUUUCGAUUUUCUAUACUUUUACUUUAUAGUUUUGCUAAAAGGAUAUACAUUGUUUUUUUAUAACUCAUUUGAAACUCUUUGUGGUUGCGACUUGGCAUUUCGAGUCAUGUAAGUUACAUAGACAACUAACUUGCUCAUUCUUUCGUGUAUAACUCUCAAAGAUAAAUUUAUAUUCUCUUGUUUUGCUCUA